CAUAACCUCCGAUGAGUGCAGAUGGUUACAUAGUUGUCAAUAUGAGAUUGUUUUAAGUUUUUCCACAAUAUUGUAUUAAAUUAUCAUGAACACAUCUAAUGAGAGUCCUAAAGACAUUUAGUGCUUUAAAAUGUUACAAAGGUUCAUGUGCAAUUUACGUCCGGUAGUGACGAAAUCAUUCGCGCAAUCGACAUUUUCACCGGCAAACUUUGGUCGUAGAUUCCUUAGUAAAAAUAUUCGAAGUCCUGAGGAAGAAAGGAAAUUCAGAGCUCGUUCGACGUUAUAUUAUGUGACAGCGGCAGGAGUGCUAAUAGUUGGGUGCAGCUAUGCAGCUGUCCCACUGUAUCGGAUGUUUUGUCAGGCGUACAGCUAUGGAGGCACAACUAGUCAAGGCCAUGACGCCGCCAAGGUGGAGACUAUGCAGAAAGUGGAGGACCGAGUGAUCAAAGUGCACUUCAACGCAGACAUUGGAUCCUCGAUGCGAUGGAACUUCAAACCUCAGCAGAAAGAAAUCAGAGUAGUUCCUGGUGAGACGGCGCUAGCAUUCUACACCGCCAAGAACCCCACAGACCAACCAGUCAUAGGGAUUAGUACGUACAAUGUUGUUCCUUUUGAGGCGGGACAGUAUUUCAAUAAGAUCCAGUGCUUCUGCUUUGAGGAGCAGCAGCUGAACCCCCACGAGGAGGUUGACAUGCCAGUAUUUUUCUACAUUGAUCCUGAAUACUGCGCCGAUCCCAAGCUGGAACUAGUCGAUUCAAUUACGCUUUCAUACACAUUCUUCGAAGCAAAGGAAGGAAUGAGUUUACCGGUGCCGACAUUCGCUAAACCGCAUGCGCAAUCUUAACGGAAAUAUCUCCGUAACAAAAACUUGAGGAUUGCAUUGCUGUUGUGAAGAUGAAAGAAUUAUGAAGCUAGGCAGCGCCUACCACUUGUACAUUAAAGUAGAUGUAAAUUUAAGACCACAAAAUGUUGUUUUUAAUAAAAGCGUUUAUCUUAUCACAAAU